GAAAAUAGAAAAAAAGCAGUUGCAACGAGUUGAACGGUAUCGAUUUUAAAUGUACGGUUAGGCAUUGUUGUGUUGUCAUUUGAAAUACCGAUUGUCAGUUUGAUCUAGACAAGUUUUACGCACACACACGUUACCGUUGACAACGGGAAAAACGAUCCUUGACAACGUCGUAGUUGUGUGACUCCACGAAUGAUCUCCAAAGAGAUGCAUAUACAAUUGUAUAUCCCUACACUGUACACAUUGUGCGCAUGGUCAAUAUAUGUAUACAUAUAAGUAGGCUGGAUAAAAUUCACACACACGCGCGCACGCAGCACAGCCGUUGCAGAAGAGUCACCGUCAGUCGGGUUCUGGAAACAGAUGAAAAUUAUUCCUCUUCACAGUGAGAGAACCUUUGUGCGUUGUCUGACGAGUUACGAGGACCUGUCCUACUUCUGCUGCUGCUGUUGCUUUGUUGCUUCUGCACCACACCGCACUCCAGAACGGUUGCUGCAAAUCGGUUCGCCGCGUUCCAUCAGUUGAUUCGUCCUUGGAGUGAGAGGAGAAGCAGAAAGUACUUUGAACUUAUUUCGAGUGUGACGACCAAUAGUGCAAGUGCCAGUGCCAGUAAAAAAAUGGAUAGUUUUUUGGGAAACCCCGAUAGUGCUACAGUGAUUUCAAAAGAUCUGACCGAUAUGCCGAAGGAACAGUUUGCGAAUGCAGAUUUAUUCUCCGACCACUCCCGUUUUCCAAUAAUGACCGAAGAAAAAUCGGAUAUUUCACAGAAAUUCGUUGCUGCUGAAGCAAACUUGCUGGGUGAUUCCUUCUCCAUGCCACCGAUUGCGCCCGCUUUAAUAGAUAACAAGCUAUUGACGCAGGGACAAAACAAUCUAGAUGAUUUUUUCACUGGCAAGGAGAUCAAUAAAUCUUCGGAGCCGGGACCAGCCUCCGUGAGCAAUCUGAUGGAUAUGGGAGGACUCGAUUUUCUCGAACCCCAAAAAAAGUCACAAAACAACGAUAAAAUUGAAAAACCACAGCAUACUGAAUCCGUUCCGUUCGGUGCCGGUCCAGGCGAGUCUUUGCAUUUGAUGCAGGAUGAAAUCGCCAGUGAUUACAUGAAUCCGUAUGCCGAGGUCCGUGCCAGUGCGGCUGAUCAUAACAAGCCAAAAAUCGAUGAACCUUUCGGAAUGUCGGCUGCUUCCGUCGAAAAGGAGGACAUUUUUAGUGCGUUUGACAGCCACAAGAAGGAGGACCAUUUUGCACCUGAACCAAAACCGACCAAACCGCUACCGGCUGCCGUCCCGGAACCCACUCCCGUUGUGACACCAGUCCCUGCCGCACCCUCAAAAGUGGUACCUCCGGCAAAACAACCCGAGCAGAAACCGAUUCAGCCACAGGCUGAGGCUUUGCCAACCAGACAACAAUCAGUAGCCGGCGAGGAGUGCAUUCAAGCUGAGAAGAUCUUCAAGCAAUUUGGUUUAGAUGCUUGGUUCAAGCCGGAAAAAUUGCAUCCCAAAGUGGAAUCGCUAAUCUAUUGGCGCGAUGUUAAGAAAUCUGGCAUCGUGUUCGGCAGUGGCUUGACCAUUCUGAUCGCCAUGUCACUCUUUUCGCUGAUCAGUGUAUUUUCCUACGUUUCCCUGCUGGUCCUGUUCGGCACGGUUGCGUUCCGGAUCUACAAAAAUGUACUGCAGGCAGUGCAGAAAACCUCCGAAGGACACCCGUUUAAGGAGUACUUGGAUUUCGAUCUAACAUUGUCGCAGGAGAAGGUUCAGCACCUGACCACGGUCGCCGUGGCACAUGCUAACGCUCUGCUCUCGGAGCUGCGCCGUCUGUUUUUGGUAGAGGAUUUGGUCGAUUCAAUCAAGUUUGGCGUUGUCCUGUACUGCUUAACCUACGUCGGUGCCAUCUUUAACGGAAUGACCUGUGUCAUAAUUGCAUUCGUUGCACUUUUCACCUUGCCAAAGGUCUACGAAAACAACAAGCAGUCGAUUGACGCUUAUUUGGAGCUUGUCAGAAGCAAAAUUCUUGAAAUCACCGAAAAAGUAAAAGCGGCCGUUCCACUGGGCAAAAAAGCCGAAACUGACAAGGAGAAAUAAACCGAUAGAUCGUAAUUGUAAAAACAAAACAAUUUUUAUUUUUAACUUAUUUAACUUGAUAAAUGUUAGCGAGGGAGAAAGCAUGUAACAAGCAACAAACAAGAUGUGCAAAAAACCCUGACGAAAAAUCGAAAUAUUUUGUUUUGAACCAAAUUUAUUUGAGAUCCGUUUUAAGACACGAGUUCGAAUGAACCAUGAAAUCUAGUUAAUGAACGAAUAAGAACAUUCAAACAAGUUUACGAUUAAAAUGCAAAACAGAAACUCUCAAUAAAUAGAUAACUGAACAAAACGAUUUCUCUUUGUGUUACCCUUUUUUCGAUAGUCUUGAUAACUGAAUGCAAAAAAAAAAAAACGAAACAAUAGAAACACACAUUCAUACAGACAAAACAAAAGCAGUAAAAGUAAAAUGCAUAGUAUAAUAGCAAGUAAAACUUUUCACUACAAAACAAACAAUCCUUCAAGGCACUAAAAGCGCGACGGAGGAUCAAGCUGAGAUUGACAAAUGAUUCAAAAGAACUAACUAGAACCGGAACGGUCCGCCGUUCAGAGCGGAAUCUUUCAUCCGAAGCUGUCAUUGUUUUCGUUUAGUGAGAAAAACAUAAUAUCGUUAAUGAAAACUCAACCCAAAGCAAACAACUAAAUCUUCAUCAUCUUCAUCGUAUAAGUACAGUAACACAGUGUUCAUCUCAUUUUUGUUUUAAAUUUUCGUAAUCAACUCACUUUAGGCGAACAGAAUCAGAAAGGAAAAAAAAACAAUUGCAACAUCCACCACAAAACUAAGUUUUGAGUGUUUUAAUUGUCGUAAGUAAAGUAUUAGAUUGACACACACACAAAAGCAAAGCAUAUAGGUUAGUUUCCUGUCCGCGUUGUUCUCCUACCGUGUUAAACUGUGUCGCGUCUGGUUUUAACUAGUUAAAAGUCUUUCAUUUGCCGCCACCUGCCUGCCUGCUUGUGCUUCGUUUGGCCGCUUUGUUGUGUCAGUCUUUUUUUUCUUUUUUUUUUUACCUUCGAAAACCGGAAAAAAGGAGCAACGUUCGUUUCGUGGAAAUGACCAUAUUUUCCUUGUUGAAUCUAAUAAUCCGAACGCGGAGGUGUUGUGCAAAGAAGCAAAGUAAAACAAAUCUAUAUAAGAAAGCAAGAAGCCGCUUAAAAUCUGUGUAUAGCAAGAAGGGAAGACGCAAAAAAAAAGAAAAAAUACAAACACGCUCUAUAUUCAUAUAUUAUAUUCGUCUAAGAAUUAAGGCUUGUUUGGAAGUGAAGCGAAAAAUUUUAGCGUUAAGUAAACGGGAACACAAACCACAUUACUCCUCGUCAAGUCUACGUAGCCUUUAAUUCUGUUGGAGUUGUGCAUUAUUUAACCAAAAAGAUAAGAAACCUAUCGAAUCUUUUUUUCGUUGACUCGUUAUCGCGCGUAAAAGCUUUGUUUUUAGUGUACAUUUUAAGCAUUGAACCAUUUUCGAUUCACACACACCCCCUUUUUCUAGAAGUAAAUUCGAAAAAAAGAUAAAAAGAAAAAUCUUAAAAUUGAAAGAAAGGAAAAAAAAGUUAAAAUCACAGCAAAAAGAAAAAGUGCGGCGGUCAUCUCAGAGGAGGAUACUUUUUCAUGACCACGUCACGCUAAGCAACAGCACAUAGACGAAGAAAGAAAGAUGAAAAAGAUUGCUUACAAAAAAAAAAACUAUUAUUAUAAUUAUUAGUAUGACUCAUUGAAAGAUGCGAUAAUAAGAAUAGUAAGAGAGAAAAAUGUCAUCAAUGCAAGCAAACACUGGAAAUACAUAAUGAACUGGAAAAAUCAAA